AUGAAGACAAGAGGCUUCUAUCAAAAGGAAGAUUCGGUGCAAGAAAAGAAAAUGGACUUUGAAGAUAUGCUCACAAGAUUUGCAGCCACAUCCGAGAAAAGGCUCAACGAAACCGAUUUAGGCCAACUUGCACUACAUAUCAACGAAAGAGCACUGGGUGGGCUUCCAAGUAAUACCAAGAAAAAUCCGAGAGGCGCCCAAAUCAACAUUGUGACGACUAGGAGUGGAAACAUAAUAACUCCUCCUACCCCAAUCCAUAAUGAAGAUCCUAAAGAGGUGCAUGAGAAAGAGAAAGAAAACCCACAUUCACAAAUAGUCGAAGCAACUCGUCGAGUUCAAGACUUGAACUCGACGAGUCCUCGGUCUGAACAGAAAAAUACUCCUUCUUUAAAACCGUAUCAACCUCCAUUGCCAUUUCCAGGUGGAGCUAGACAAGACAAGCCGAAUGAAGAAUAUCAAAAGUUCUUGGAACACAUCAAAGCCCUCCAAAUUAACAUUCCCUUCAUCGAGGUGGUUGCACAAAUGCCUAAGUAUGCCAAGUUCUUAACGGAAUUACUCACAAAUAGAAAGAAGAUGGAGGAGGUAUACAAGGUGGCUCUUAAUGAAAAUUGUUCAGCCGCAAUGUUGAACAAAUUGCCGAAGAAAAUGGGUGACCCAGGGAUGUUGACUUUUCCAUGCCAAUUCGGGAACUUAGCUAUUAGUUAUGCAUUGGUUGAUUCGGGGUGA